AUGGUUCAAGGUCGAUAUUCGAGUUCAACCUCGAUGCUUCUCGCCGCGGAGAGAGAAUCGGACGGACCAGUCACCGUGGCUUCGUACAGGAGAAGACAUCAGCUCGCGGAGGAGGUGCCGGGACUGUACAUUCGGCGCCUCACUCUCGAGGACCCCAGGAGCGCGAGGGAAGCCUCGAGUUCAAGGUCGCAGUCUCCGCCGCGCCAUAUCUGUCAUCCUACCACCACCGGUUACGCGCCCUCCUCCAGAAGAUUCUCCAGUUAUAGGUCGUGGUUGGAGAGGAUCCGGAAGGAGAGGCCGCCGUUCUUGACGAUCGUCUCUCUGCAGCUGCCAGAAUCCCCGAUCCCGUUGAUCGAGUCGAGCGCGCGAUCCAGGGGUGUGGGAGCCGAGGACGGCGAGGAGGAGAGGGCGAUCGGUGGCGAAACGGCGGAGGAGUUGGGAGGAGGUGGGAGGAAGAAGAGGCGGCGGAGGAAGCGCGGCGGAGGGCGCGCGAGGGGGGAGGAGGAGUUGUUGGAAUGCACGAAAGGAGCAGCUCCAACCCUCGAAGAAUGCAGCAAGAACGUUGUCGAAGGUUCGAGAUGCAUCUGCGGCGAGAUGUCCGGAAAUGUUGGGGUGGAGAUCGAAAGGGAGGAAAGGACUCGCAACACCAUACGGAUCGCGAUGAGGCGCGCGGGGUGCAGGAGGAUCGAGAACGAGAGCGAGAUCGAAAUGGAAGGAAACGGAAGAGAAAGGAGAAGGAGAAACGGGAGAAACGUGGAGAAGGAGGUGGCCGAGGAAGAUGGCGAGGAAGGUGCGAACGACGGGUUGGAUUUCACGUUGAAUUGCAGCAGCGUGCGACUGAUGUAUCGCGACACGAGGCACAGGAACGGUGAAAGGCGACAGAGAGCGGAAACGCGGAAUUAAUCUGCGCGAGCUUUGUUCGGGAAUCGGUCGAAAUUCGUGUGCUCGAACAAUGGGCGGGGGUCGUUAAUUGUUCUUUCCGAUUCCGAAUGAAAAAUGUUUCUGUUUCAAAAGGGGGCGUUGUAAUGAAAACGGGAGAACUUGGAUGGAAAGUUAAUUGAGAAAAAAAAAAAAGAAAUUCGAUUAUUCGCCCAGUGUUUACGAAAUGAUUUGAAAACACGAUAUUUCAACAAUUUCAAGUAAGAAUUUCAAUUUGAAGUCUUGGCUUCUCGUUAGAUUUUUCGAGAUGUUUAAAGAUUUAUCGAGAUACAUUGUACUCGAAAUGAACGUAGUAACCACGUUGUAUUAAAUAUUUUCGAAUAUUUAGCCCUCCCCCUUUUCCAUGUAAUCGCAAAUUAAAUAAAUACGCGGGAAAGAAAGGAAAGGAAAGUAACGACGAUUCGAUAUAAUAAAAUUGUGAAUUCGAUCCUCUUCGAGGAAAAAAAGAUGCGAUGACGUGACGGUGGAGCGGUAUCGAAAUUAUGGCGGUAAGGAGCGCGGCGAGCGAGCAGAAAGGAAUCCGGCCCGUGAAGGAUCGAUCCCUGAUCGCGGGAAGAUCCGAAUUAAAGGAAUUCCUGCGCCACGAUCGCGUCGAUGCCAUUAAGCCAAAGGCUUCCUCCGUUUCUUCGCCCGGUGAAAAAAGAUCGCGGCGGAGGAAAGCUUUCGGGGCCCGGGCCCGGCCGAAACCAUGAAUCUCUCGCGCGGUAAUAAAUCGCGAAUCGUUCCCUUCAUUUCCACGAAACGCACACCAACGUGCACGCACACUCUCGCGACCGCGCCCAGUUAGCCUAUUAAUUAGCUCGCCUAAUAAAUCGCGACUGGCCCCCGGCAACGAGACAGAGAGAACGCUUCACCCGUCGUCCUCCUCCUCUCCACUCGUCCGAGGAAAGAGAGGAGAAGAGCCGAAAGACGCGGACGAGGACGAAGAAGAAGAAGCGUACGAGUUUCGUCUCGCGGUGGACCGAGCACAAGAGAUGAGAAUCUCGAAUCUAGGCUGGCCCCUUGGAAGGCCAAGCCAGUCCAAACCGGGUGAGAGAAGUUGGCCAGCUUCUCUCCUCUUCUCUCCUCUCUUCCUUCCCCUCUAGUAUCUUCCCUUCCUCCUCUUCCUCCUUCCUCCUCCUCCUCCUCCUUUCCUCUUCAACGCCUGGUCCCUGCUCUUCCUCGCAUUUUUAUUUUGUCUGUGCUGUGUGCGCUGCUCCUUCGUAGGGCGAAAAUGGUUCAUGGCCGUUCCUAACCGCCGAUUUCGUCGCGGACAUCCUCUCCUCGCCGCAGAGGAGGAAUCGACCUCUCCUUGCUUCUCUCCUUGCUUCUCUCCUUGCUUCCACCGACAAUCGGCUUCGACAAUUUUCUGCCGACCCGUGUACGUAUCCUCCUCGCAAUCCCCUCCCUUCCCUCGAAGAGAAGAUAGAGUUUCGGAGCCGAAAGUAUUCAUCGUGUGUAGUACGCGAAGAAUAGAUCGGGCGGGGGAGGGGUAUUGUAAUAGGUAACGAUUCGAAGACGAAAAGCGAUCGAGUUAAGUGGGUAUUUUAGCGGAGUACUUUGCUCCGUUCGUAACCGCGACCGAGUGAAAAAGAAAGAGAAGAAAAAAAAGUAAUGACUCGAUGAGGUAACCGGACACGAGGAUCAAGAAAAAGAAGGGACGUCGUUCUAUAAAGGGGAAAUAAUGACGCGGGGGAGGAGAGGAGAGGAACACUCGCUUAUGACACAGUAAUUACGCGAAUACAAUGAUUAAGCGAAUUUCUAGUUCUCGACCAUCUUUUUACUUCCGCGAUUCGACCGGAGAAAGGACUUACAACAAGGGUAUAAAAGUGUCCAUUAUUCUUCUUCUCUCCGAGCGAUUCAAUGGAUGUGAAACUACAUCUAUUAUCUAUUAAGAAGAUCGUGAAUUUUUUUUUCUUUCUUUUUCUUUCAAAGGAAUUCAAAAAUUAUCUUAUCGCCCUUGCCAAAUUUCCAUCUUUCUUCACAGCACAGUAAAAUAAUAACAAUAACGAUAAUUCGAAACAAAACGAAAUCUCAUAAUCUUUCAUUCCUCGAACGAGUUUCCACAAUCUUUCCUCCACUCUCCAAUUCUUCCCUCGAGAAACGAUUAUUCCCUUUCUUCCUCUCUCGAUCUACAUUUCCUUUCUUUUUCUUUCUCGUCUUCACUCCAGCUCGUUUCCACUCUCCUUACCUCAUCCUUGAAAUCGAUUAGCGUGUUUACUCGAUCGAGACGCGACCGGAUAACGCGAGAACAUCGGCCACGUCCAAUCGCGCGAGUCUGAAAAGACAAAGACGACUUUGUUGGUCGUUGAUGAGAUCGUGACGCCUCCUCCUUUCUUCGUCUUCUUCUUCUUCUUCUUCUUUUUCUUUUUCUUCCCCCUCUUCACUCUUCUUCAUCGUCCGCUCUACGAUUAGAAGAGUGGAGGAGAGCGGAAGAGCGAAUAAAAGGAGGAGGAACGGAGAGGGGAAAUCGGCGUGUCGGAUGCCGCGCGCGUUAAAGAGAAAGAGAAUGGGAGGGGAAAAAAAGAUAUUUCGCGUGUUAUUGCGUUUCGUGGCCGUUUCGAGCAACCGCGCGCGGCAGAUUUCUUCGAUUCCUUGGAAAUUAUCGAACCAGUUCGUUCAAUCGAAUCACCAUUAUGGCGAAUGGGUCGUGGAUCGCUCGUGGGGCACGUGGUUGCUCGUAAAAGUCGAUAGCGCUUGUUUGUUUAACGAUUGCGUGGAUCGAAGAGAGGAAGGGAGAGAAAAUUAACGCGCGGUAAAGAUUCCAAUUUCUUCCUUCCUUUUUUUCUUUCUUUCAUUCAAUUCAAUUUUAGUUUUAUUUCAAAAUUAUUAUUAUUUUAGAAAAUAAUUGUUAAAGUUUAAAGACGAAGAAAUGAAUAGAAUAUUGUCGAUGUCUCGGAUGAUUUUGUUCGUGACAGGCAAUACAGGAAAUAUUUGAAUCGAGAGAACAAGGGUUUACGAGGACAAAUUAAGUCUCUAUCGAUCAACGCGGACAACGAAAGCAGUUGUAUCGCGCGAGUUGCCAAAGAAUCGAAGACCAACAAAGGACACUGUUAACCAAGAUAACGGCCCAAUUAAAAAAAGCCAAGUGAUAAGUCUCGAUUCAAACGCUGACACUUUUAUCAGUACGGUUUCCUUCCAUUAUCUCGCUUUCUUGGAUCCGAUGAACCUCUCCUCCCCUCUCGUUCUCUCUCUCUCUCUCUCUCGUAUCACGGGUCGUGAAUAUUUCCAAGAACUUCAUAAGGAUGAAAAUAAUGGUCCGUUUAUCGUAUUAAACUGUAAUAUCGGACCCAUUUAUUAAAUUCUGAAUGAUCGGCCUUUCAACCACGUAAGAAACGUAAGGAAUUACCAUAGUUCUCGCUUCAACUAAAAAGUGAGAGAGAAAGAGAGAGAGAAAAAAAGAAAAUAGAUAAAAGUUGUCGAACCGAGGGAUUAACAUAAACUGGGUGCGCUGGGAGUCUCGCUACCCAGGAAUAAUCCAAGUCACGUUCCGCCCAUUCCUUAUCCCUUAAAUAAAACGAGAAAUCGAGAGACUUUAUCCGUCUCGUUAUUAGAAAACUAACGACGUUUUCUCGAUCGGUUUUAAUUCGACCGCAACCGAUUGCCGCGAUUCCUCCAUCGUCGUAUAUAAAGUAUCUCUCCCGUGGAUUCCGUAUCUCUUUCUCUCCGCUUCCCCCUCCCCUCUCUCCCCGGAUCUCCCCCCUCCUCAAGUCUCGGUAUCCACCAACUCUUUUUCCUUUACGGGCCAUUAGAAUCGCUCCAAGCUCCGAGAUAAAACUGGACCGGGAUCGCUCUCUCUCGUUCACGGAUCGGGACGCGGAGACGAUCGAGAGAAACACGGUUCGCGCUCCGGCGUUCAUUACCUCGAUACGAAAUUAAAGAUCAAAGUUUUCAGCGGUUGUCGCGUUUUAACCGGUUUCCAAGCGUGGAUCUAACCCGCCUCGAACGGCCGACCACGAACGCCCCGACCACGCGACGACACAGUUCCAAAUUAAGAUAUCGCCCAUAUCCCGGCUCCUUUAAGUGGCUUCAAGUCCCCUCCUUCUCCUCCCUCGCUCGAUUACCACCAACUCGCAACAGACAACAAUCCGGGCCAUUCGUUCGAAAACUUUUCAAACUUUGCGAACCGAUGCGAACAACCUUUUGCUCGGCAACCGUUUCCGUUUUUCCAAUCCAGGAAUACGAUUCGACACGCGUACAACGAUAUAUAUUCGUCUUUUUUCUUUUUUUCUUCUUUUUCAUACAAUCUCGCCAAUUCGCUAAUUCUUCCUCGUUUCCUCCGAGGAGAACUAGGCGCGAUCGCGUGACAAAAUCGGAUCCUCGCGUGCCGAUCCCUUUGGCAAAGGUUUAAUUAUCGGUCCGAUACAAUCGACCGAAAAAAAGAAAAGAAAAAAGAAAAAGAAUCCGUCUAUCGUUAAAAAAAACGGAGCUCGGUCCCGGGAACGAGAAUAAAAGUACAAAGUAUUUCGAGGGAAAGAAAAGAGGAGGAGGAGGAAGAUGGAACGACGUAGCGCGAUACUUUAAAAUGAUCAUCGCUUUAAAGGAUCGGAGAAUGGGCGGAGGGGGUGGAAUAGAGGAGAUAAAAGAAGUAGUAGAGAGUAUAUCCUUGAUGAGCGAUCGUUAUCACGAUGAAAAUGCAGUCUCGGGAUCGAUCCACUGCAGUCGAUUCGUCCCUGGGCUUCUUUUAUUAGACUGCCAAUUUCGCGGCGCCUUCUCGCUUCCUCUCCCCCUCCAUCCCUCCCUACCAUCUUCUCCUCCUUCUCCUUCUCCUUCCCUCUUCCCCCUCUCCCUGUAUAUCCGUUUCUCAUCCGUCCAUAGUCCAUCGAGUUUUGUCUCGUUCGCCUUCCACUCCUCUUCUUCUUCUUCUUCCACUCGCUUCAUUUUUCUCUUAACUCCUCCAUCUAACUCCUCCCAAAUCUCGUUAAUUUUACUAUAUAUAUAUAUACAUGCGUCGCUGUUUGGAGAGGAAUUCCGAUUCACCGAGUUCGCAGCUGGUUUCCGCCAGUUUAUCUCGUUCGUGAUGUCACGCGGCGGGAGGAGGAGAGAAGGAGGAGGAGGAGGAGGAGGAGGAGGCACGUGUUCCGAAGGAACAUCGUCGAAAGAAUCGUACGCAUUAUGCGUACGGGGGAGUCGUCGAUUUCACAGGGGGAUUCUUGUUCGAUCGAGUUGAAAUCGAAUAUAAUUUCUCUCGAGAGAGAGAAAGAGAGAGAGAAGAAAUGGAAAGAGAAAGAGAAAAACGUGGGCGAGUCCGGUAUUUAAAUACGCGUGACUCGCGAAGCUUCCGCGAAAUGCAAUCAGCUCUCGAGAUGACUCCUUGUCGCACCAUCGUUUAUCCCGAGCAGAUUCCGAACAAUUUCUGCAACUUCAGACGCCGUUUCUAUACACGUGUACGUAUAUAUAUUCUUUCAAGGGAGAGGGAAGGAGAGAAGGAUUUCAAUUUUCCUGUCACCGAGCCCCGUUCCAUCAAUCUCGGGAACCGUGGCAUCCAAGUGGAAAACGAACUCGAUGACUUCCCGGUAAGAAGGCGUUUCUACGAGUUCCACCGACUUCUUUCUAUAUUCGAUACCUUGGAACAGAAAAACUCCGUCGUUUAGAACGAAUCCUACUUGGAAUUGUUAAACUUUAAAUAAUUCUACUCCUUCAAGGAAUAAAAAUCAAUCGAUUCGUUUCUAAAUAUUUUUCCAACAAUCGAACGAAAAGUUGUGUAUAUUGUAUGUUUAUGACAACACGUUUGAUUGAAUGAUGAAACUUUUCUUUUUUUUUUCUUUUUUCCUUAGGAUUCAUUAAAAAUCUCUUCAUCGGGAGAAUCCUACUUGGAAUGGUUAAACUUUAAAUAAUUCUACUCCUUUCCUUCUUCGAGGAGUAAAAACCAAUUGAUUCGUUUCUAAAUAUUUUUCCAACAAUCGAACGAAACGUUGUAUAUCUUGUAUGUUUAUGACAACACGUUUGAUUGAAUGAUGAAACUUUUUUUUUUUCUUUUUUCCUUAAGGAUUCAUUAAAAAUCUCUUCAUCGGGAGAAUCCUAGUUGGAAUGGUUAAAUAAUUUAUUUUAAAUAAUUCUAUUCCUUUCCUCUUUACUCCUUCGAGGAGUAAAAACCAAUCGAUUCGUUUCUAAAUAUUUUUCCAACAAUCGAACGAAACGUUGUAUAUGUUGUAUGUUUAUGACAACAUAUGUUUGAUUGAAUGGUAAAACUUUUCUUUUUUUCUUUUUCCUUAGGAUUCAUUAAAAAUCUCUUCAUCGAGAAUAUUAUCUCCAUAAUUGUAAUAUCUUAGCGACAAACGUGUAUGUGUAUGUGUGUGUGUGUAUGUAUAAUAUAUAUGGAAGAAAAUAUUAUCCCGGAACGCGGAAUAAAAAUGAUUCCUUCCCUUUCCCCCCUCAGCUUUCGCCAAUUCUCGUGGAGAAAAAACAGUCUCAUCCGUCUUAUUCGAGGAAAUUGAGAGGAUCGACAUCCGAGGGAAUAUCCAAGGAUCCUUCUGCUCGUUCGAUACGAAAGAAGACCGUCGAAUAUUCAAUCCCACGAGCAAUUUCCAUUCCGUCCCGAUGAUUUCCCCGCCGAGAUCGAGUUAAUGAGAAUAUAAUCUUAGUUGUGCGUGGUCUCGUUCGUUCCGUGCACCCAAUACUCUUCCCAUUUUGCAUUCCGCGUCCUUCUUCCCUCCGCUCUGCAUCCGGUCCUUCCUUCCGCCAAUUACUCUCCGUCCCGACGUCGUCGCCCGAAAUUAUCCUCCUUCCUAUCCUCGUCCACCUCCCCCCACUCCACUGUCAACCACCACGCUUUUCCACCCUUUUCUUUCGCCCAUUUUCUUUCCCCUUUUUUCUUUUUUUUUUCCGAAGCGAACAAAAAUCGCUACUCUCGUUACUUUCCAGCGUUCUCUCCCGACGACUCGAAUCGAAAGAUUCGGCGCACGGAUCGGAAAUUGAUUCGAGGCGAGGAGAACGUUUGCCCGAAACGGGUCGAUCGACGGCCUCUUAAUUAAGACGUACUUUAAUCGACUUUGAGAGAAUGAACGCGGCCACGUCUCGACGCCAUCGACGAAUUUUAUUAUUGUAGCCAAUUGACAUACAAUUCGAAAGACGUUGCCGAUUAUUAAACGGUGCAUCACGGUCGCACAAUGGCCCACCGACGACCGCACAGGAAGGCUUCUAUCACCGCUGAUUUAGCUUCAUUACGAUUUUUAUUAAUAAUUUCGCUAAUUGCCCGCUUUGCCGAAUAUUAAUUGGACGAGUCUGGGAACCGUGCCACGCGCGUUUCCGCCUUUUAAAUUUACAACGUUACGAGAUUGGAAUUUUUUUUUAAACGCGUUUACCGUGAUUCGAUAUCGUCCAUUUUUCCAUUUCUCCAUUACGUUUAAACGCGAUUCUCGAUACACACAUACAGAUAUAUAUUAUAUAUAUAUAAUAAAACAGCCUGUUGCAUAAGUCCCGGACAACUUCUCUCGUCCGCUGUAAAGUAACAGUCAUCGCUUCUAAGAAACUCCGUUACGAAUAUUGUAUCUGUAAGAUGUAGAGUUAGUUAAGUCAGCCGGCAGCUGUAUAAUUUAAUCUUGAUCGUGGCGUGUCCCAGAAUUAAAUUUGUGUAAACGUGUUCUAGUGGAAGCGAAUACUAUAAUUUUCGUGGUGGAUGAAGUAUUUGUAUAAACUUGUUUUUAUCCCGCUUGCUUAUGAAAAAAAAAAAAAAAAAAAACAACAACCGAGAAUAAUCAACGAAUGAUCGUCGCGUUGUAAAAAAUAUAUAUAUAAAAAAAAAAAGGAGAAAAAAAAUGCGACGCGAUUAAAUUAACAAAUAAGAGUUAUAACGAUAAAAGUUGGAGGGGAAUUUUUCGACAAAUCCAUCUAUCGUUCGGCUAUUCGGUUUAGGGGACACAUUCACGAUCGAGCAGCUGCAACGAAAUCGAUGGAAUGCCGUUCUCCAAGUUGCACCAGAACUCGGCUGGUAACCCAGCCCGAUCAACGUACCGAUAAAGCACGUCGCGGCGCGGUGGCUAAAAUAAACCUUUGUCAUUUUUUUUUAUUCGCACUAAAUUAAUCACCGCGGGCCGGGAAAUAUUUCACCGCAAAAUGCGAGAUGUUUUAUUAUAAGAUAACGACGACCGGUCGAAACUCGGCGGCCCCCUCGGCAAUAUUCCAAAUUAAUUGAUUUGAUAAACGAGUCGCGUCCAUUGAUAUACUGUUAUUCGUUAAAACGCUCGAGAACGAGAAAGCACGGAGGAAAUUUACGCGAGGAAAUAUGAAGACAAAUGUACCGAGACAAAUGCACGCCGCCGCUAUAAUAAUAACGAUUCUUCGAAACUUUA